UAUCACCCAUUUCCUAUUUCUUUUUUGCUUCUUAAUUUUAGCCCAUUUUUUUAAGUUGGGGUAGAUUUUUGGGUGCUUUUUUUCUCUCUUUUUGGGUUUUCUUUAAAAUUUUCCCCAUCUUCUUGGUGAGGUGCAGAUGAAGAGGAACUUAUGUGGAGAGAAUUAACUAGAUGUUCUUAAAUUAUGCUUUCUUUCCCAUUCUUGCAUUUUCUCAGCAACCAAACAGUGUACACUUUCAUUUAGUCACAGUUUUCAAACAGCAAGGAGUUUUUGUUUUUCUUCUCUCUCUCUCUCUCUCUCUAUCGUUCUUUUUGUCAAUGAAUUAUCAGUUUUCAAAUUGAUACGAAAAUCUUUCAUUAUUCAUUGUUCCUUUCAGGAUGAAUUAUCGUUUUCCUUAAUAUCAGCCGCAAGUUACGUUAGGACUUAAUAUCCACAUCUUUAACUUUGGCAUUCGAAUUAAAGAGGUUUUGGAAGUAUAUAGACAUGCAUGGCAAUAAAUCUCAUUUUUCAGAUACAUCACAAUUUUGCUCUUUAUGUCUCUUUCCUACAAGAUAUGUGCCUGUGGUUUCUAACGUUUCAUCAGUGGAGUUUUUCAAGUAGUAUCUCGGACAUGACCCUGCUGAUUUUCAGAAACUUGUGUGUUUGAAUCAUGUUAGUUGCUUUCAAACGUUGCUUUUGCUCGAAAAAGAAUAAGCAUACACCAGGAUAUGAGGAACCCACUGUUCUUGCUGCUGAAACACCUUUUACGGUUAGUGAAGUAGAGGCCUUAUAUGAGCUUUUUAAGAAAUUAAGCAACUCAAUAAUUAGCGAUGGCCUUAUUCACAAGGAAGAAUUUCAGCUUGCACUCUUCAGGAACAGAAAUAGAAGGAAUCUCUUUGCAGACAGGAUCUUUGAUUUAUUUGAUAUCAAGCGCAAUGGAGUGAUUGACUUUGGAGAAUUUGUCCGUUCAUUGAGUGUAUUUCAUCCCAAUGCACCAAUUGAAGACAAGAUAAAAUUCGCUUUCAGAUUAUAUGAUCUGAGGCAAACUGGUUUUAUUGAACGGGAAGAGUUAAAGGAGAUGGUACUGGCACUUCUGCAUGAAUCGGAGCUGGUUCUAUCGGAGGAUGUUGUUGAAAUGAUUGUAGAUAAGACUUGGAAGGAUGCAGACACAAAAGGUGAUGGAAAGAUUGAUCUGGAAGAGUGGAGGGACUUAGUGUCAAAGUCUCCAUCUCUCUUGAAGAACAUGACUCUACCAUAUUUAAAGGAUAUAACAUUGUCAUUUCCCAGCUUUGUGCUACGUUCUGAAGUUGAAGAUACGGAAAUCUAGUCUUGCAUGUAAGUGCUCGAUCAUGAUACUUACUGAGAGGACUUGGAAUCAGCAAUCAUAGCUCAUAUAUGAGCAUUAAUGUAAGGGCUAGAAACAUGAGAUAAGCAUCCCGCCCUCGAAGCCCACAGCAACUUUUGCAGCUGAGCUCUAGUCUACAUGGUGCAACUGCAUCCUGCUGUGAACUUCUUAACAUAAUCCUCCAAUGGGAGCUUGGUAAAGAUUUAUAGUUUAAACUUUUUGCAUUUAUACAUCAGAGUAACAGAGAUUUUGUGGUAUGUAAUACCUGGAAUUGUAUAUUUCAGAUUCUACUCGGAAACAAAAAUGUAUAUUUUGUUAGGGACAUAAAACCUGUGUAAUGAGUUUUUGAAAUAAUCAUCCCAUAAUCACAAGUAUUAAUAUCA